CAUAUAAUAAAAAAUAAAAAAACACCCAAAAGGAAUAAAUGAUAAACCCUUUAACAUACUCCAGAAAGUCGAAGUCUAAAGACUUGAGCUAAAAACGGUUCGUUUUGAUAGACUUGUUAAUUGAGUUAGAAAUAGAAGAUAAUAAGAGAAAUGGAUUGGGCUAUGUCAGCAGCAGCGCCUUCACUUCUUCAAUCUUCUUCCUCAUCUUCAAAAUUCUUCUUAUUUCCCUUUAAAUUAUGUGGCUUAACUCCAGUUUCCUCAUCUAGAACUAUACCUAAAACCCUUGCUUAUCAUGCUCCGCAUUCUUUACUUAUUUUUAGAAAUAGAAAUUCUAACUUCAUCUGCAGGGCUGAAAAGGAGUACAAAUUCCCUGACCCAAUUCCAGAAUUUGCUGAUUCCGUGAGCAUUGCUAUCAAUCUUUUCAACUCUCUCACUUUACCUUCUGCUGCUUUUGUAUCAAAGGAGACUGAAAAAUUUGAGACCCAUUUGUUUAAGAAAUUGUCCAAGAAAGAUAUUUUUGGAGAUUCUAUAGAUGAAGUUGUUGGAAUCUGUACACAGAUCUUCAACGAAUUCUUGCAUGCUGAGUAUGGUGGUCCAGGAACACUAUUGGUCAUUCCGUUCAUUGACAUGGCUGAUACAAUAAACGAGAGAGGCUUACCUGGUGGACCUCAGGCUGCCCGAGCUGCAGUUAAAUGGGCUCAAGCUCAUGUUGACAAGG